AUGGCUCUCAGCAACUUCGUCAGUGUCUCCGACAGACUGGUGCACUUUGAGAGUCGGGUCAGAGGGCCUGCAGCCGAAGACGACAAUGUACACACGUACGAGAUCCGUCGUGACCGGCUGCAAGCCCUCUGGGACAAUGUCGAAGCCGCCUAUUCCACAUGCGCUGAUGCACUGCAUCAAGACGGCGACAGUGAAGGCACACAGGCUUUGGAGGCGAAAUACGAUCACUGCUAUGCAGUGUAUGAGCGGUGUCUCGCCCAUGUUAAGGGACAAAUUACCCAGGUUUCCGGAUCCAGCAGGAGAGAAGCAUCCGUUCCUCCUGUAUACUCCAGUGGCUGCCGGCUCCCUCCAGUCGACACCGAAGUGUUCCGUGGGGAUUACUUGCGGUGGCCGACCUUCCGUGACCUUUUCACGGCCAUCUAUGUCAACAAUCCAAGGUUGACUCCGGUUGAGAAACUUUUUCAUUUGAAUUCGAAGACCGCAGAUGAGGCCAAUGAAAUAGUAGCCAAAUUUCCGCUGACGAACGAUGGGUUCGCGUCGGCUUGGGGUGCUCUCUGCGAACGUUUUGAGAACAAGCGCUUGUUAAUAACAAGCCAGUUGAAAAUCCUGUUCAACCUGUCCACGGUUACCCAAGAGUCGGGAGCAGCUAUCAAGGAGCUGCAGAGCACGAUCCAGCGUUGCUUGACCGCUCUUGAGCAUUCAGACAUCUCCGUCUGUAGCCCGUUCGCAGAUUGCAUCCUCGUUUUCCUCUGCUCGUCCAAACUCCCCAAGCUCACACUCUCGUUGUGGGAGCAAUCUUUGGUGGACAAAGCGAGAAUUCCCGCAUGGCAGGAUAUGAGCACGUUCCUCAAUGAGCGCUAUCGUACGCUCGAAGCGAUUGAAGACGUGAAACAGACGGCCAACCCACAGAACGCGACUGCAGGACCAUCCCGUCCGCAGAAUUCCAAGCGGGUCAACUCUUUUGAGGCCCAAGUCACUCCGAAAGGCAAAUCGUGUGACUUGUGCUCAAAGGAGAAUCACCCUGUCCGGUCCACUCCAAAUCCAACGGCAACAAAUGUGCACAAUUUCUUUGCCAAUAAUUCUCAGAAUGUCCUUCUCGGCACGGCGGUCAUCAACGUAUGCCACUUGGGCACUUCAUACACCGCACGUGCGCUAAUUGAUUCCGGGUCCGAAGCGACAUUCAUUUCUGAGCGUCUGUUCCAACGCAUAAAGUUGCCUUUCCAGUCCGUGCGAGCCCAGGUAUCCGGGUUAAAUCACGCAGUUGCGGCCCAAUCGCAGAAGUUAUGUCACUUCAGCAUUGGUUCUCCGACGAAGCCGAGGCUCCAUAUCGAGACUUCGGCAUUCGUAAUUCCACAGUUGGCAGGCAAACUGCCCUCCUUCGAUAUGCCGCGAACUUUCCUAAGGGAUCUACCAGCGAUAGAACUGGCAGAUCCACACUUCUACAAGAGCGCUCAGAUUGAUAUUCUAAUUGGCGCGGAUAUCCUUCCGUCGGUCAUCCUGAGCGGCUCCCGGCCAAACAUUUGUGGCUCACUCCUUGGGCAGGAAACCGUGUUUGGCUGGAUUCUUACCGGCCCCGUCUCCCAGAAUGUGUCGACAACUGUUUCUGCGUUUUCGACAAGAGUCGCCCUCCAAGCAGACGAACAGCUCGACAGCCUACUUUCCAAAUUUUGGGAGGUGGAGGAUAUUCCAGCAAAGCUGAUAAAGGAGUCAGACUUCGUUUGCGAAGAAAACUUCGUUAAGACUACUUCUCGUAGCAAAUGUGGCAGAUAUCGGGUCACUCUUCCAUUCCGGAAGCCCGAUGGCAUUGAACUGGGCCAUUCCAGAUCUAUAGCGCUGGCUCAAUUCCUCAAGAACGAGAAUCGUUUGUCAAGAAACGAUUCUCUAAAGGAACAGUACAAUGCCGUUCUCCAGGAGUACGUGGACUUGGAUAGCACCACAACGAAGGUGCGGGUCGUUUUCAACGCAUCUUGUCCAUCCUCAAAUGGCAAGAGUCUGAAUGAUAUCCUUCAUUCAGGGCCCAUUCUCCAAUCGGAUCUCACGUUGCAGAUCCUCAGAUGGCGAUACUAUCGAUAUGUGUUCAAUGCUGACAUAACGAAGAUGUAUCGCCAAAUCCUCAUGGACUCGAAGCACAUACCGUUCCAACGAAUUCUGUUCCGUACGUCGGACGGUGAGAUCCGUGACUUCGAGUUGAACACAGUAACAAUCGGUGUCAACUGUGCGCCUUUCCUGGCUCUACGAGUCCUCCAGCAACUUGCUGAUGACAUACGCUUGGAGUAUCCUCUCGCAAGCCGAGUCAUUUCCAACAACAUGUACGUGGACGACGUCCUGGCGGGGACACACACGACAGAAGAGGCCAUCCGGACCAUUGCGGAAGUGUGUGCAGCCCUGAACAGCGCUGGCUUCCCGCUGAGGAAGUGGACGUCGAACCAUAAGAGCGUGCUGAAGGACAUUCCAAAGGACCAUCUACUUCGAGAAGAUUUCCUCGAACUCGAAGACUCCAGUACGGCGAAAACUCUGGGCAUGAGGUGGCAAGCUCACGACGACGAGUUCUUCUUCAUGCCACCGGAAGUUGCCCAUCAGGACUCCUACACGAAGAGGGAAGUGCUUUCGCAAAUCGCUAAGCUUUUCGACCCAGCCGGGUGGCUGGCCCCUUUCGUUAUCCGACCCAAGAUCUUCAUGCAGGAGAUAUGGCUGAGAACGCUCGAAUGGGACGAGCAUUUACCAACGGAUCUUUUACUCCAAUGGAAGGAGUACCUCCAGAGCUAUCCUGCUCUGUGA